CACGCUGUAGUAUCGUGUGGGAGGUGUUGUGGUUAUUAUGAACCCUGCUCGGAGGUGGGAGGGGUCCUCCUGCUUCACACAGCCCCGGGUGGAGGCUCUUAGAGCGGGCGUCUCCUCAGCAGCAGCAGCAGCGGUGGUGGAGGUGGGUGGUGAUGUAGCAAAGCUUGAUUUAAAACAACAACAGUAGAGCAACGCUAGCUCCCUCUUCAUUAGCAUUAGCAAUUAGCCUCAGCUCCCGCCUCCUCCUCCACCUCCUCCUCCUCCUGCCGUGCCGUGGUUUUAUUUUUAUGUUUCCCAGCGUCACAUCCCCCCUGGCCGGAGGAGGAAUGUAGAGACAGGGAGCUUUAAAAAUAGCCUCCUCUCCGGUGGCAGUGUGCUCCGGGAGCUCCAGCAGCACUGUGCCGCGACGAGCAGGAAUGCGAAGAUGGCUGCAGACCUGGGAGAGCUGCUGGUCCCCUACAUGCCCACCAUCAGGGUCCCCAAGACCGGAGACAGGGUGUUCAAGAGCGAGUGCGCCUUCUCCUUCGACUCCCCGGAGUCUGAGGGAGGCCUGUAUGUGUGUAUGAACACAUUCCUGGGCUUCGGACGAGAACAUGUGGAGAGACAUUAUCGCAAAACAGGACAGAGCGUUUACAUGCACCUCAAGCGACAUGUUAAAGAGAAAGCCACAGGAGCUGCAGGUGCUAUCCCCAGACGGAGAAAUGGAAAGGUCUUUCUAGAUUUAGAGCUAAACCGUGAUUUUAACGGAGAGGACUAUGAAUAUGAAGAUGAGGCCAAGCUCGUCAUUUUUCCAGACCACUUCGAGAUCGCCUUACCAAAUAUUGAGGAGUUGCCCGCUCUGGUGACCAUCGCCUGUGAUGCAGUGCUCAACGCACCAUCAGCCUACAAGAAACCAGAACCUGAGUCCUGGGACGAGGAGAUCCAGGUGUCCAGACACGCCAGGAGCCUCAGACAGCUGGAUAACGAUGUCAGGAUCCCACCCAGUGGCUGGAAGUGUCAGAAGUGCGAGAUGAGAGAGAACCUGUGGCUGAACCUGACCGAUGGUACCCUGCUCUGUGGGAAGUGGUUCUUUGAUGGGAGUGGAGGAAACGGCCACGCUCUGGAGCACUACAGAGCCACCAACCACCCCCUGGCUGUCAAACUGGACACCAUCACCCCGGACGGAGCAGAUGUCUAUUCGUUCGAAGAGGAAGAAGCCGUGUUGGACCCUAACAUAUCAGACCACUUGGCACACUUCGGAAUAGACAUGCUACAGAUGCUGCAGAAAAGAACAGAGAACGGGCACCACACAGAUAACAAUGCGCGUCCGCGAGUCAGUGAAUGGGAGGUGAUCCAGGAGUCCGGCAUGAAACUGAAGGCGGUGUUCGGUUCUGGUUACACAGGGAUCAAGAACCUGGGCAACAGCUGCUACCUUGGCACAGUAAUGCAGGUUCUCUUCAGCAUCCCAGACUUCCAGAGGAUGUAUGUGGGGAAUCUUCAGAGGAUAUAUGACUAUUCCCCCCUCGACCCCUCCCAGGACUUUGCCACACAGAUGGCUAAACUGGGGCAGGGACUGAUCUCAGGCCAGCACUCCAAACCACCCAUGAAAUCUGAGCUCAUUGAACAGGUGAUGAAAGAAGAAUACAAGGUAUUAAACUGGCACCAGCAGAAAGGCAUCUCCGCGAGGAUGCUGAAGGCCCUGGUCGGCCAUGGACACCCAGAGUUCUCUUCAAACAGACAACAAGAUGCCCACGAGUUUCUCCUGCACAUCAUCAACCUGGUGGAGAGGAACAGUGCAGGCUCAGAGAAUCCAAGUGACGUCUUCCGCUUCCUGGUGGAGGAACGAAUUCAAUGCUGCCAGUCACGCCGGGUGAGAUACGCCGAGCGGGUGGACUAUUGCAUCCAGCUGCCAACCCCCAUCGAGUGUGCCACUAAUCGAGAGGAGCUGCUUGCAUACGAGGCCAAGAGGAAGGACGCUGAGGAGAACAUGAAGGCUCCUCCUGAGCCAGUGAGGGCACGGAUCCCCUUCACCGCCUGCCUGCAGGCCUUCACCGAGCCAGACAACGUCCCGGACUUCUGGAGCCCGGCGCUACAGGCCAAGUCAGCUGGAGUCAAAACUUCCCGCUUUGCCUCCUUCCCAGAGUAUUUGAUUGUGCAGGUCAAGAAAUUCACAUUUGGGGUCGACUGGGUGCCGAAGAAACUAGACUUGGCCAUCGACGUUCCAGACUUCCUGGACCUGAACCGGUUACGGGCCACAGGGCUUCAGGCGGGCGAGGAGGAGCUGCCUGACCUCAUGCCCCCCAUUGUGCUCCCUGAAGACACCAGAGAUAACUCAAUGGGCUCUGUCGACUCUCCAGAAAUAGACGAGGUGGCAGUGAUGCAGCUGGCAGAGAUGGGGUUCCCGCUGGAGGCCUGCAGAAAGGCUGUGUACUACACAGGCAACAUGGGUCCUGAGAUGGCUUUCAACUGGAUCAUAGCCCACAUGGAGGAGCCAGACUUUGCCGAGCCUCUCGCUCUGCCCUCCAUGAUGGAUCCUGGUCCCUCCACCAGUGACAGCCCCAUGGGUGCCGCCACGCCUCUGGCCAACUCGCCCCCCGAGGAGAGCAUCGCCAUCCUCACCUCUAUGGGCUUCCCCCGCAGUCACAGCAUCGAGGCACUCAAAGCCACGAACAAUAACCUGGAACGAGCACUCGACUGGAUCUUCACCCAUCCGGAGGAGGAGGAGAGUGACAUCCUCUCAGACAUGGCCGACACAGAGCCCAACGACAACGCUUUCUCCAACGCCAACUCGCACAGCGACUCCACGCUGUCACCAGACAGAGAAACAUCGGGCCCGCGGGUCAAAGACGGACCAGGACGUUAUGAGCUCUUUGCCUUCAUCAGCCACAUGGGAGCAUCCACAAUGUCUGGACAUUAUGUUUGUCACAUCAAAAAAGAGGGAAGAUGGCUGAUCUACAACGACCACAAAGUGUGUUUGUCAGAAAGGCCUCCUAAAGACUUGGGCUACAUCUACUUUUACCAUCGACUGUCGAGCAGUUAAAGUGAAGUUCCCGCCCUCCUCCACCCAGCAACCUUUAAAGAACGACAGUCUUUCACUCAGAAGACUGGCAGACAACUGUGUGAACAGCCGCAGUGGAAACGAUGGAAAUAACCUCUCAGACCAGCUGCUCGCCUUACUGUGAUGUCAUUCAGGAGCAACCAGGAACCCUGGUCAGAAAGGGAAAGCAAUGUGCUUCAUGUGCAUUUGUGUUACGUUACGCUUUAAAUGUAUAUUUCAGUGUUUAUGUUUCAAAAGAAAAAGAGACGUUUUCUCAAAAGUACGGAGGGAUGUGAGCAAUUUCUCCACUUCUGGACUGUUCUGGACACACAAUAAUGCCACAUAUCAAAUCCCAUUGUUCCUUCUGCUCUAUGCCUUCAGCUACUGUGCCAAUAUUUUCAAAGUGGUACAUUUUAUAAAUGUAUUUUGAAAUGGCAGUGCUUUACUGCCAGCCCUGAAAUGCUCUGAAACUGUGACAUAAAAACAACAACCAAGAAAUUACUGUGCCGUUGGUGGCUUUGCAAUUUCCUUUGAAAGAGAAAAGAAUGUUUUUAAUCGCCUGGGAAAAAAAUAAUUUUUAAAGUGUCUUUUUGUUCGGGAACUGAGAGAAAUAAGCAGCAUACCGCAUGUAUGUUUCAAAAUGAAGGGGUGGCACCAAGACGGCUGUGAAAUGUGUAAAAUGUGACAGUGUUAGUGGCUGAAUUAUGGCUCAUGACGUGUUAGUCACUGUUAAUGAGGAAGUCUGCACCGUGGUUCACUGGCUGACUUAUCAAGAUCAAAGUAUUAUCUCCUUCCCUGAAAGCAUUUUUCACUUUUGACUGGAACAAGUUCGUAUUUUGCACCUGAUGCAGUAGAAGUAGAUGUUUUUAUUCACCAGGUACGAGCACAUUGAAUGUGAUAUAAAAUUUCUACUUCGGUUCUGCUGAACCUGUUAAACCCUGAAGUGGCUGGAAGUGCAUAUUUCAGGUGGCUGUCAAAUCCUCCACACUCAUGUCGUUAUAUAGAAAUGCUAAAGAAGUCCACACUCAAUUUGCAUUGUAGGCUGAAAAAGAACUUGGACUCUCAGCAGCAGCUGGUUCACUGUGGUUCUUUUAUCACUCAGACAGAUUCAGACUGUGACCCAAAAGUUAAAAUUCACCAUCUGUUUGACCUGUUGCCUCUUUUUUUUUUUUUUUACAGGUCAUUUAAGUCAUUUAUUUUCCCACAUCCAAAAGCAAUAUGCACGACAACCAAAUCCUCCCUGGCACCUGCUGUACGGGUGACUCAUAUCUCCGGGGCAGUGCUGAAUGUAUCAUGGUGCUCAGUGCAAACGAAACCUCUUCAUCUCUUAAUAUGACAGUAGAACCUGUCACCAUAACCUCAUGCUGGGUCAGCCACGUUUAGAACCUCUGACUGUCAACAUCAUCUCAGUGUCUGUUCUCAUAUCCUCAUCAUUAACUGGGAUGCUGCAUUCAACUGGACCUGGAGCCAGUUUAGUUUUUGUCAACUCAAAAAAAACAAACUGGUGUUUUGUCAGUUAAUUCCAGUGCGACGACCUUGACGUGUGGUGAAAGUGUGUGUCUCUCAGCUGUGCACUUCAGGCGCCUGUUGUAAAGGGGAAGUUCUGCUGAAAGGUGACUUUGCUCUGCUUUGUUAAAAUGUAAUAUUUGAGCAUUACAGGGAAGGACUGUCCUCCGACCUAGAAGGUUCAUUUUCUUGAGCGUUGUAAGAAACAAAAAAAAUGGAGACUUAAAAAACUGGAAGUCUCAUGUAGUGACUUUUAAAAACGACAAAGGAUCGUCGAUAGAAACAAAGAAACUUUAUUGAAGCACUAAGAUAAAUAUCUCACAUCCCAGAGUCAAACCAUAUCUCUGCACUUCUCCCCUUUAGCAACACUGUGUCUACACUUCCCUCGGCACAGAUUCUGUUCUAUUAAAUCCUGUUCUCUCAUCUCCAUCAGAUACGACCUGAUAAAGUGCUGCAGUCUUCUUUGUCUAUGCAGCAGGAAAUUCUAAAAGGUCUUUCUAUGCAAGUCUUGUGUUUCUGCCAUUGAUAAAAGUUGUCGUCUUGCUAAAUG